GCAUUUUUUAAGACUGUCCGCAAAUAUCUCUUGAUUGUCUGAAUUAUAUUUGGUCAGGAGGGACCUGUAAAAAAUUAAACUCAUUUUUCAUAUCUUUUAAACUAUUUCACAAGAUGGGUGAUCAAUUUGACUGUGCCUUGGACUUGAUGCGUCGUUUGCCUCCUCAAAACGUGGAGGAGAAUUUGGCUAAACUUUUCGACUUGGUCAAUCCUGACUUGGCUGACGAAUUACUAUCGGCUAUUGACCAACCUUUAAAAGUAAAACGUUGCUCAAAGACUGGAAAGGAUUAUCUUAUAUGUGAUUAUAACCGAGAUGGCGAUUCUUACAGAUCCCCUUGGAGUAAUGAAUAUGAACCCGAGUUAUCAGAUGGAGCCAUUCCUUCUCCUAGUCUUCGAAAGUUGGAAGUCGCUGCUAAUGAGGCUUUUGAUACCUAUCGUGAAAUGUACUAUGAAGGUGGUGUUUCAUCCGUUUAUGCAUUUGAAAUUGACGACAAGUUUGCUGUUGUUGUGUUGAUCAAGAAAGUGGGCGAUGGCGCUAGACGUAUGAAGGGUGCCUGGGACUCUAUUCACGUAUUUGAAGUUCAAGAGCGUGGACGUAAUGCACAAUACAAGCUGACUUCUACUAUUAUGCUCUACAUGAUUACCAGCAACCAGGACCUUGGUAACUUGAAUUUGAGUGGUAGUAUGACUCGACAAAUUGAGCAAGAUUUCCCUGUUGAUGAUCCUGCUGCACAUAUUGUAAACAUUGGCCGCAUGGUAGAAGAUAUGGAAAUGAAGAUGCGUAAUUCUUUACAAGAAGUUUAUUUUGGUAAAACCAAAGAUAUUGUGAACGACUUGAGAAGUCUGAGCUCCUUGGAAGAGACAAGAAGACAAGCAAAGAUACAAAAGGAGUUGGUCGGUCGUUUGAUGGACAGAAACAAAUAAAAUUUGAAACUCCUUUUUAUUUAAAA